GUUGUACCAGCACCAGCCCAGCGGGACGGCAAUGGGAUGUAGACGGAAACGAAAAGUGACGAUGACGAUACGUCGUUUUGUAUCGUUGGUGUCGAUCGAAACGAAAGAAAGCGGUGCGAGCGGAGCGCCCCCUCCCAGUGUGCUGACCCCUACUACAAAACUUGACAAUUGUGGCUGGAAAUAUGGCUGUAAAAUAACCAAUGACCCUUUGUUUGAAUCGCAAUGUUUUUAAAAGAAAACCCUAACAAAAAUUGGUACAGAAGGUGGAUAUAGUUGAGAGCCAGGAAAAUAUACAGGAUGUGCGUGACCUGGUGCGUUCAAGUGUUUUGAUUUUGAUGGUAGGCAUACCACCUAGUGUGAAACAUCGGAUUUUUUCAGCAAAAGGGGUAAAGCCGUGCGUUCGAGGGGCAACGUGUGAGUGGUGAAAAUAAAGUGGUGCAUCGAAGUAGCGAUAUCUGUGGCGGCAGUCCGUAAAUUUAGUGUAGGCCACGGUGAAUUAAUGCCCUGGCUCGCUCUAAUGGUUGGCCAUCAACCUCUUGGAGAGUCAGCAAUGCCCUAGAGAUGUCUAGUGCUGCAGUGGUGAAUUCUGUGAAAAUGCCGAUGUCCCGAACACAAUUGUUUCCAGUCUCGUCCCAUUCAUACAUCCAAGAAGGGGGUGGCGGAGGCUUUCCUCCCCUGAAUAAAAGCUCUCUGAAAGAACAGAGCCCUCCUGCAGCUUCAACAGCCUCCUCUGCAAAUUCGGCAGGGCUCCCUGAGAUCUCUGUUGGCAAUUCUUGUGUUUUGCAAUGCAUGCAGUCACACAUGACCAGGGGCACAUCUAUCACCCAAGUCAAACCUUCAACAGUCCCAGUUUCCAGCACAGAUUGUAAACCCAAAACCAUGGUGGCAAUACCAGAACAAGUCAUGAAACUGUACAUGAACAAACUCACCCCCUAUGAACAUCAUGAAAUAUUCAACUAUCCCCAAAUAUACUUCAUUGGUGCCAAUGCAAAGAAAAGACCUGGUGUAAUUGGGAAUCCAAAUAACUGUGAUUAUGACAAUGAUCAGGGCUCAUACAUUCACAUUCCACAUGACCAUGUAGCCUAUAGAUAUGAGGUUCUCAAAGUUAUAGGGAAAGGCUCUUUUGGGCAGGUAGUUAAGGCCUAUGAUCACAAAAACCAUAUGCAUGUUGCUCUUAAGAUGGUUCGCAAUGAAAAGAGGUUUCAUCGCCAAGCUCAGGAAGAAGUACGCAUUUUGGAGCAUCUGAGGAAACAAGACAAAGACAACACCAUGAAUAUCAUUCACAUGUUGGACUCAUUUACAUUUAGGAAUCACAUGUGCAUUACUUUUGAACUACUUUCUAUAAAUCUGUAUGAACUGAUAAAAAAGAACAAAUUUCAAGGAUUCAGUUUGCAACUUGUCAGAAAAUUCAGCUAUUCCUUGCUGCAGUGCCUGGAUGCCCUUAAUAGAAAUAAAAUCAUUCAUUGUGAUAUGAAGCCAGAGAAUGUAUUACUCAAACAACAAGGAAGAAGUGGGUUGAAGGUGAUAGACUUCGGCUCGUCCUGCUACGAGCAAAACCGCGUCUACACCUACAUCCAGUCGCGCUUCUACCGAGCCCCCGAGGUCAUCCUCGGCGCCCGCUACGGCAUGCCCAUCGACAUGUGGUCGCUGGGCUGCAUCCUCGCCGAGCUGCUCACCGGCUUCCCCCUCCUACCGGGCGAGGACGAAGCCGACCAGCUGGCCUGCAUCAUGGAACUCCUCGGCCUGCCGCCGCAGCGCCUGCUCGGCCAAUCGAAGCGCGCCAAGAACUUCAUCAGCUCCAAAGGCGUGCCCCGAUACUGCACUUGCUCGACGCUGCCCGACGGCACGGUGGUGUUGAGCGGCGGACUGAGUAGGCGGGGCAAGCCGAGAGGCCCGCCCGGUUCGAAGGACCUCAAGCGCGCGCUCAAAGGGUGCGACGAUCCGCUGUUCCUGGAUUUCAUCCAGCGGUGCUUGAAGUGGGACCCCGACGCAAGGAUGACGCCCAGCGAGGCCUUGAGGCACGGCUGGCUGAGAAGGAGGCUGCCGAGGCCGCCGAACGAGAAGGAGCAGAGCAGCGCAGGCGCAUCGCGAGUCACGCCCACUGGCCCGCGCACGCCCAAAUCGAGCGGCAGCGGCGGCACCGCCAGCACCCUGUUCUCCAACAACAGGGCGCAGCUGAGCGACGACAGAUCUUCAACGCUUCACUCGGGCAAGCUGCCGCCGGUCACGUAGCCCAACGUGAUGCUUCCCUAGGGGCCACGUUCGGGUCAGAGGUAGCUUCCCCAGGGGCCACGUACCGGGUGUACCACUAAGAAAGGACGCCGGCUGUAUCUCGGAAACUAUUUGCCGCGCAGGUUCCGGAAAAAAAUAUUUAUGAUUAAAGUGGCCAAGAAAAAUCUCUGGAAAUGAUGCAUUGGCCAAUUUAAAAAAAGGGUUUUUAUGAAAAUUUGAUAUAUCAAGACUUAUCAAAAACACUUUUUUCAUGUUCUCGAGUUGAUUUCCAAUCAUUUCAAUCAGAAAGAAAAUGCGCUAGCUCUUUGAAUGAAAGAGUGAGGG